AUGACAACAGUUCCACAACGGCAUACUUACUACGGAGGGUCGACCGCAGCCUACACGUCUCCGAGGCCUGCUCUCAACUAUAAGCCCAAACGCAAGCAAGUUACCUUUGGACCCUAUAUAGUAGGUUCGACGCUUGGGGAAGGUGAAUUUGGAAAGGUAAAGCUAGGAUGGUCGAAGGUCCCGGCACAGACAACAGAGGUGCCAAAACAGGUGGCCAUCAAACUUGUAAGAAGAGAUAGUAUUCCCAAGAAUUCCGAGAAGGAAGUCAAGAUUUAUCGUGAAAUAAACGCACUGAAGCAUUUAAACCAUCCCAAUAUUGUACGUCUUGAAGAGGUUCUACAGAACUCCAAGUACAUUGGAAUCGUCCUGGAAUACGCAUCCGGUGGUGAGUUCUAUAAAUACAUUCAGAAGAAACGCAGGCUGAAAGAGCCUGCUGCAUGCCGAUUAUUCGCCCAACUAAUUAGUGGUGUGCAAUAUAUGCAUUCCAAAGGGCUUGUUCAUAGGGAUCUGAAGUUAGAGAAUCUGUUGCUUGAUAAACAUGAGAAUCUAUUAAUCACGGAUUUCGGAUUUGUCAACGAAUUCAGCCCCAAGAGCGAAUUAAUGAAAACCUCAUGUGGCUCGCCCUGCUAUGCUGCUCCUGAGUUGGUUUUGACGACAAAGCCUUAUGAAGCGCGCAAAGCAGAUGUGUGGUCAUGCGGUGUAAUAAUGUAUGCCAUGCUUGCUGGUUAUUUACCGUGGGAUGACGAUCCAGACAAUCCAGAUGGUGAUGAUAUUGCAAAGUUGUAUCGCUACAUUACUAGAACUUCGCUAAAAUUUCCAGAAUACAUUGCACCAGUACCAAGGGAUUUGUUGAGAAGAAUUUUAGUCUCUGAUCCUAAGAAAAGAUUAUCUGUCAAACAAAUCGAGCAACAUCGUUGGUUGCAACCACACGCGCCAUUCUUAUCCGUUACACCAGAGGAAUGGGACAAAGUAGUUCAAAACAAACAAAUUUUCAGACCGCCUCCUAGUAAAGCUGGAAAUCAGAAUUCCGACAGACCGAGAUCCAAUUGUUCAACUUCAUCCACGAACUCAAAGGGGGAAAAACGCAAUUCUCUGAUUAUGGACUCUUCCUUAUAUUCGCAGCCAGUUCCCCCACAAGAAUCUCAAUCUCAUGCAAUCGCCACUCAAUCUUCGCCAUCGUCUGAAUUAAGGCAAUCGCCAGUAAAGAGAUUCAAUCGCCAUAGUAGAAGUAAUUCUGCCGCUUCAAUUGCUCUUCAAGCAGUUGUUGAUGCGGAAAGAGAUUACCAUGCUCAUCACUCACCACUGCCUGUACCCGCAUCCACCUCUUUUCAAUACGAUCAUCAAUCACAGAAUGCCUCGGGAUCAUCACCCCGAAUGCAAACGUUUUCUGCUCCUAAAGCUGUCAAUAGUGCCAUUUCCUCUCUAAGAGACACCAUUAUAAUAGAAACCAGCCCACAAAAAGGUGCCGUUAUGGUACAGUCACAGAGGGACUCUACGAUUGUUUUGACUGCUCCACUGACAAUAUCUCCCGGGUCAUCACCUGUAAAUGGAGGAUUUAAAUCCCAAUUGGUAAACAUCUCAUCUGCUAAUCACCAGACCACGCACAAUUUGGGACAUCAUAGGAGACCUAGGCCAACUUCUUACCAUCCAACGUCUUAUGCAACAUUUACGGAAACAAAUAAUAGCCAUACUACAAUAUCAGGCGUUGUGUCACCUGCAGAGUCUCCACCAACGGGUGAGAAAAUUAUAUCUCCCGAUCCUUCCUCCACCAAAAAAGGCUCUCCACAGGUCGUGAAGCGUGGUUCUUUCAGUCUAAGCAUGCCAUCAGUUGAUUUGCAAAUUGUGGCUGGUGAUUUGAUCAAGAGUGAUGAACAUGGAGAUACAGUGACCAAGAAAAUACAUGACCAGGUAGAAGACGCCAAUAAUAGAAGCGAAACUACGCGGUCACGUCGACUAAGCCAACGAUACAGUGUUGCAUAUGACAACUUGUUUGGAGUUGUCGCAGAGGAAAGUGAAGAAAGCGCAAUACAGGAAACGGAUAGACAAGCUAGAGAGCAAAAAUUAGGUGGAGUUACAGAUACCAAGAAAAACAACAGCCCAGUAGAGAAACGCGAAAAGAAGAGAUUCAGUCUCCUAUCAUUUUAUUCAUCUUACAAUGCCUCUAAAUCAAGCAUCGAGUCAGGCACUAUGAAAGAUGCGCCUGCAAGAAACGUGUCCGGCUCAACAGAUUCCCGGCAGGCCUCCAAUUCCAUACAAAAGACUGAUUCGCAGGGAAAUUCACAAAACGAUCAUAGAAACGUCUCCGUUUCUUCCCCCAUACAGAAAGCCGAUUCGCAGACGCGAUCACAAACACAAAUUCGAAACACAUCCGCAGGCCAAAAACCUGCCUCACGAGCCAGUAGCCAGUCAAAAUCUGAAGCAAGAACAGCGUCCCAGUCUUCAAGGGGAAGUGCAGGUGUACAACGUCAUUCAUCAGUUACAGGACGCAAGAGCAAUAAGCCACCUCCUGAAACCAAUAAGAGAAAUAAUCGUGCUUCAGUAAUGGUGUCCUCUUUGCAAGACCAGAACCAACCUCAAUUACGCGCUAGAGAACAAUCAACGGCCAAAAAGGUAUUAGACUUCUUCAAGAGAAGAAGCAUGAGGUUAUGA